CACGCCUGCCUGGGUCAGGGUAGGUGACUGAGGAUGUUAUCCAAGGCAUCCACUUUCCGCAUCAAGGGUUGAGAGGGUCUUAGCAGCUGAAAUGCAGCCAGUCUUCCUGGGUCAACCCAUCGAGGCCAGAGGUUCUAGAGAUUCUGAAGGAAUAUUAUUGCAUAUUACAGUUCCAUGGAAGAUAAGGUCAAAUGAGAGUGAAGAUUCAGAGAAGCAGGUGAUUUAUAUCAUUACAAUUGAUGAGAAGCCAUACACUCUGCAUCUCAGAAAACACUCAUUCUUAUCCCAGAACUUUUUGGUUUAUACAUAUAAUGAAACUGGAUUUUUGCAUUUAGAGUCUUCAUAUUUUAAGAUGCAUUGUCAUUACCAAGGAUAUAUUGCAGAUAUUCCAAAUUCACUUACAACACUCAGCAUCUGUUCUGGACUCAGGGGAUUCCUUCAGUUUGAAAACAUCAGCUAUGGAAUUGAGCCAUUGGAAUCUUCAGCACGAUUUGAGCACAUAAUUUAUCAAGUGAAAAAUGAGAAUCCAAAUAUACCACUGUUGGCAGAAAAUUACAGAAAUAUUUGGCAGAAAGACCAACCUUACAAAGAUAAUUUAAGCUCACAGGAAACAAAUCUUUCAAAACUAUUACCCCAAUACCUAGAAAUUCACAUUAUAGUAGAAAAAGCUUUGUAUGAUUAUAUGGGAUCAGAAAUGAUGGCUGUAACACAGAAAAUUAUCCAAAUUAUUGGCCUUGUCAACACUAUGUUUACUCAGUUCAAAUUGACUGUGAUGCUAUCCUCCUUGGAAUUGUGGUCAGAUAAAAACAAAAUGUCUACCAACGGGGAUGCUGAUGAUUUAUUACAAAGAUUUUUCACAUGGAAACGAGACUAUCUUAUCCUACGGCCCCAUGACAUAGCAUUCUUACUUAUUUACAGGAAACGUCCUAGAUAUUUGGGAGCAACAUUUCCUGGCACAAUAUGCAAUAAAAGCUAUGAUGCAGAUAUUGUUAUGUAUCCAGAUACAAUAACUUUGGAGGGAUUUUCAGUUAUUAUAGCUCAACUACUUGGGCUUAAAAUGGGAUUAACAUAUGAUGAUAUUGAUAAAUGUUCUUGUCCAAGAUCUACAUGCAUAAUGAAUCAUAAAGCAGUGGGUUCCAGUGGUAUAAAGAUUUUUAGCAACUGUAGUGUACAUGACUAUAAAUAUUUUGUUUCAAAAUUUGAGGCUAAAUGUCUUCAGAACUUUUCAAAUUUGCAACCAGUAUAUCAAAAUCAAUCAGUAUGUGGUAAUGGGAUUUUGGAACCUAAUGAAGAAUGUGACUGUGGCAGCCAAGAGGAAUGUCAGUUUAAGAAGUGCUGUGAUUUUAAUACAUGUAAACUGAAAGACUCAGCAAGAUGUGGCUCUGGACUAUGCUGUACAUCAAACUGUGAGAUAUCAGUAGCAGGCACUCCAUGUAGAAAGAGUAUUGAUCAAGAAUGUGAUUUUACAGAAUAUUGCAAUGGAACAUCUAAUAAUUGUGUUCCUGACACUUAUGCAUCAAAUGGAAUGUUGUGCAGGUUGGGAACUGCAUAUUGUUAUAAUGGACGAUGCCAAACUACUGAUAACCAGUGUGCCCAGAUAUUUGGAGAAGGUGCUCAAGGUGCUCCAUUUGCCUGCUUCAAAGGAAUCAAUUCUCGCAUUGAUAAAUUUGGAAACUGUGGUUUUAAAAAUUCACAACCAUUACCUUGUGAUCAGAAGGAUGUUCUCUGUGGAAAAUUAGCUUGUGUUUGGCCACAGAAGAAUACUUAUAAAAGUGAUAUUCAAUCUGCAGUUUACUCAUAUAUUCAAGGGCAUGUAUGCAUAUCUAUAACUACUGGGUCAUCAGUGAGAUCAGAUGGAAGAGAUUAUGCCUAUGUGGCUGAUGGCACUGUUUGUGGUACACAAAUGUAUUGUAUAAAUAAAACCUGCAAAGAAGUUCAUUUGGUGGGGAAAAAAUGUAAUGCUGCUAAAAAAUGCAGAGGAAAUGGGAUAUGUAAUAAUUUGGGUAAUUGUCAUUGCUUUCCUGGCUAUAGGCCUCCAUAUUGUGAAUUCCAGAUUGGUUCACCAGGGGGAAGUAUUGAUGAUGGAAAUGUUCAGAAAUCUGAUAUAAUUUUUAUUAAAGAAGACUACAAUGCACAGCAGAACAACUGGCUUAUUCUGAGUUUCUACAUUGUUCUGCCCUUUAUCAUAAUAUUCACUAUUAUGAUCAUGAAACGAAAUGAAAUGAGAAAAUCAUGCAACAGAGAGAAUGCAGAACAUGAAGGUAAUUCAGCCAUUGUGCCAGAAAACUACGACGUGAACUAUUAACAUUGCCAAGCACUUCACCAGCAGAUGGCCCAUUUCCAGAGGAGAAAAUGCACUUUAUGACCCUCACAUCCCUGAAUGCGCUUCCAAUGUCCGCGUUUUGGAAAAUAAAACCCAAGCCCACGUGGGCAGCAGGACAGGUUGGCGUGUGCCUCCAGCGCGCAGCGGGCGGUGGGUGGGCGCCCGGGACUGUGACUGCCACUGCUCCUGUGGGUCCGCAGAGGGGCGGGGUGGGCGGAG